GAGAUAUCUUAUUUUCAAGAUGGCGGCGGAGCAGACAGCCGGGCCGGCGCGACGCGGUGACUGACCGGAGGAACCCGCAGCUCCGCAGCUCCGCAGCUUGGACAGCUGACGGUCAGACGGUGAGAGGAUCGAGAGGAAACCGCUGUAAUGAACCGUGAGUGAGGACCUGUCUGACGUUGACAAGUGAGCACGAGAUGAUGAGCCGAUACUUGUGUGACUGUGGCGCGAGAGUGAUGCUCCUGCUGCACGAGUGAUAAACUGCAGCUGUUUGACAGUGGAGGCGAUGGCUGCCGCUGGUGUCUGACUCUCUCUACGUCUACUUCCUCUUGUGUCCUGAAGCGGCGUUUGCUCAAAAACCUCUGCGCUACAAUUACAAAGGCCGUUGGCGGGGAUGGGAGAUGAUGGAGGACAAAGGCCCUCGUGUAGCCGAUUACUUUGUGGUGGCUGGUCUGACAGAUCCGUCCAAGCUGCUGGACCAGGAGAUCCACUUUGACGAUGUCUGCCACAAGACAGCCAAACCCAAAGCACCUGUCACAGAUGUGGCUUUGGUCAUCCGUUCCAUGGGUGAGGAAGUUCCACCCGGGUUCACUUGCAUUGAGACGACACCAAGUGGCCAUUCAGCUGAUCUUAACAAUGGUGGCCUCAUGGCGCCCCAGAUCUUCCUGUGCUACAGACGAGGAUGUGACAAGCCACCACUCACUGACCUGGGAGUGUUGUUGGAGUGGAAGGAGCGACUGAAGCAGGGCUGCCAUCUCAUCCAGACCACACCCUCCGGCCGUGCAGCCAACAUUAGUGGCAAUUCCUCACAGCGCAUCUAUGUCACUUAUCGUCGAGCGCCUGAGAGUCAGCCACAUGCCACCCUGGCCGUCACUGACGUCUGUAUCAUCAUCCCGAGCAAGGGAGAGACUCCGCCCCACACCUUCUGUAAGGUGGAGAAGAAUCUCAACAGCAGCAUGUGGGGCUCGUCUGUCUACCUGUGUUAUAAGAAGUCUGUGGCCAAAACCAACACAAUAGCCUACAAAGCAGGUUUAUUUAGUAGAUAUCCAGAAGAGGACUACGAGUCGUUCCCACUGCCUGAGUCUGUGCCUCUCUUCUGCCUCCCCAUGGGAGCCACAAUCGAGUGUUGGCCCGAAAACACCAAAUACUCCCUCCCUGUUUUUUCCACCUUUGUCCUCACUGGAGCCUCUGGAGAGAAGGUGUACGGUGCUGCCAUCCAGUUCUAUGAGCCCUAUCCACAGGAGUGCCUGACUGAUCAGCAGCUCUCUCAGCUGGGUCUCCAGAGCUUGGAUCCACACAAACCGUCCCCCUCUAAUAACCUGGUUUAUACCAACAAGUGCAUCUGUCUGCUCUCUCACUGGCCCUUCUUUGAUGCUUUUCGCAAGUUCCUCACAUUCCUCUACCGGUACUCCAUCUCUGGCCCUCACGCCCUGCCCAUCGAGAAACACAUCUCUCAUUUUAUGCAUAAAGUCCCAUUUCCUUCCUCUCAGAGGCCUCGCAUCCUGGUGCAGCUUUCUCCUCAUGACAGCCUGAUGUUGAGCCAGCCUGUGUCUUCUCCUUUACCGCUCAGUGGUGGUCGAUUUUCCACACUGCUCCAGAACCUUGGACCUGAGAAUGCCGUCACCCUGCUGGUGUUUGCUGUCACUGAACAUAAGAUCCUGGUCCACUCACUGCGACCGGCCGUUCUGACCAGUGUCACUGAAGCUCUGGUGUCUAUGAUCUUUCCAUUCCACUGGCCGUGCCCGUAUAUUCCUCUGUGCCCCCUGGCAUUGGCUGAUGUGUUGAGCGCCCCCUGUCCUUUUAUUGUAGGAGUGGAUUCUCGCUAUUUUGAUCUGUAUGACCCUCCACCAGAUGUGAGCUGUGUGGACCUGGACACAAACACCAUUUUCCACAAUGAAGAUAAGCGAGUGCUCACAUGGAAGAUCCUGCCAAAGAAAGCCUGUAAAAACCUGAUGAAUGUGUUGAGCCACUUAUACCAGCAGCUGGUGGACGGUCAGCACAGACCGGAUGGGCUGCUGGAGCUGAGCAUGAGUGACUCAUCAGAGCUGAGCUGUGGGAAGAGUAUUCACACUCUGGAGCUGGAGAUCCAAGAGGCCUUCCUACGCUUCAUGGCAGCCAUUUUGAAGGGCUACCGUUCAUUCUUGCGACCGAUCACUCAGGCACCGUCUGAGAAAGCCACAGAUCACAGUUCACUGUUUGACCUGCAAGGUUUCUUGAAGAGCCGCGACCGCUCACACCAGAAGUUCUACUCUCAGAUGACAAAGACCCAGAUGUUCAUCCGCUUCAUUGAAGAAUGCUCUUUUGUCAGUGACAAAGAUGCCAGCCUGGCCUUCUUUGAUGACUGCGUGGACAAACUCUACAAUUCAGAGCGGAAUGCAGACAAAGGAAGCAAAACAGACAGUGAGAGGCCAGAGGAAUCCAGGCUCAUAGAGUUUGAUGAAUCUCAGCGCAGUGAGCAUACCGUCUUCAUCACGCCUCCAGAGCUGCCUCCCUCACCUGAAGGGGAGGAACAUCCUCUCUGCUACAGGUACGAUGGUUUCCCAGUGCUGAGUGUUGACCUGUUUGACCCCGUGGAGGGGCUGCGGACCCCCUCCUCCCGUCUCACUGCCAGACACAGCUGCCCCACCAGCCCUGCUCCUAUGUUUAGACGUACCAAGCAGGAGGUGAAACUGGCCCAGAGGAUAGCUAAGAAGUACUCGUCCAUCCCUCAGCUGUGGUCCAAGUGUCUGCUGCGUCACUGUUAUGGUCUGUGGUUCAUCUGUCUGCCAGCGUAUGUUAAAGUUUGUCAUUCCAAGGUGAGGGCUCUCCGCACUGCUUAUGACGUCCUCAGGAAAAUGCAGGCAAAGAAGUUGCAGCCCCCUGAUGAGGUCUGCUAUCGUGUGCUGAUGCAGCUGUGUGGACAGUAUGGUCAGCCUGUCUUAGCGGUCAGGGUUCUCUUUGAGAUGAAGAAGGCUGGAGUUCAUCCUAACGCCAUCACGUACGGCUACUACAACAAGGCGGUGUUGGAGAGCACCUGGCCAUCCAGCACCAGAGGAGGAUACUUCCUGUGGAUGAAGUUAAGAAACGUGAUUUUGGGAGUGGCACAAUUCAAACGAGCUUUACGACGGCAGGCCCUCCACACCCACAGCCCUUUGUCAGAUGGCAGUGACCUGGACGCUGUGAGUCACGGCAGCAUGGAUAGCUCUGCUGAGCAGGGUCCCUGCACCACUGACCCUGUCAAAGUAAAGCCCACUGAUGAUAGAUCUAGCACAGGAGAUCAGUCAGAUUUGGGCUAUAACUCACUGUCCAAAGAGGAGGUUCGUAGAGGGGCCCCCGGUGCCCAGGACACGGCCCCUGACAAGGACUACAAGAAGGAGAGCGACAGCAGCUCCUUGUCAGAGACAGAGAGUGCAAAAGGAAGUAAAGACUGCCUUCCUCAGCUGGACAUGGAAGUCCAUUCCUCUUUCAGACCACGUGGCAUUGUUCGCAGCAGCUUCACUUACAACGAUCCGUCCUGCAGACCCAGGAGCUCUGCCAGCACAGGCCACGUCGCCGGUCUCCUCUUCACUUCCUCCUUGGAUGAAAUCGGUGAGGUUCAAACCAACAGUCUUCUCAGGAGACACCGGAGUGCUCUGGAGGAGGUGGUGGGCUCAGCCCUGGACUGGCAGGGUGUGAGGGGCCGUCGUCUGAGCGGAGACUCCACUCCCGCCGCUGUCCUCGGCCUGACGAUGAGCCAGGGUGAAACUGACCCAGACAAGAUUGCCGGGCACCUGGGUGCCGAUGUGAAAAUUCUCUCUGGUGCCAAAUUUGGUAACAGUAAGAGACCUGGUCCACUGGCGUUAGGCAGGUUAGAUGGUGCUGCUGCUCAGGUAGGCACUCACAGGCAAGAAGAAGAGGAGAUGGAUGGACAGGACUCUAGUGAUGAGGACAGAAGUAAUACAGAGGCCAUUUUUGAUUUGGAGGAUCUGGAUUUAGAGAAGCCUGCUCUGAGGCCUAGUGCCAGCAACCAUCACACCAACAAACUGCAGAAGAAAGUUGUGGAGCGCAGUGCUAGCUGCAGUACCAUGAGCACUGUGACUUGUAGAGGAGCGGUCCAGCGCACGGGCAUUGAGACGGGCUACGAUCCUCUGUCAUUGCUGGCAGCUGAGACACAGUCUGAGGAACAGAACUCAGGAGACGAGGUCAGCACACCGAGCACCCGGAGACACCUAGCCAGGGAGAUAGAGCUUUACAUGAACCAUAUGGGAAGCCCACUGAGCAGCCGCACCCCCAGUCUGGACCUGCAGGACCUGAUCAGCCCCCUCCUCUUUCCCCCCUCUUCAAACUCUGCCCCCCGCAGAGCCAGCCUGCCCCACAGCUCCCCCGUCAGGACUGCUGGAGUACCACACUCCCGCACGUACCAACCUCCCUCACCCUCCCCGUCCAUUUCACGUCGGCGCCUCCUGUCAUCUCCUCCCUGUCGCAGCUCCAGCACCACUCCCAGCCCGAGCCCUCAGCCCAGCCCCUGCAGAGAGCGCACAGACCACACGAGCCUGGCUUCUCCCUCACCUUCCUCUUCCUCUUUUGGUUUGGACACUCUCCUCACACCAACCCUGGAUGUCUUCAAGACCAGUGUGUUCUCUGCCUCUAAAGGUGUUGCUGAGAAGGCAAGCCGCUGGUAUUCACGUCUUUCCACCUACACCACGCCUACCAAGGACGGACACAGCGACCGUUUUAGUGCGACGUCUGUUGGUAUGGGAGAUGCAGACUGUUCCUCCCUGCUGGAUGAGGAUAAUGGUGGGGACUCAGAGAGCUCUGUGGUCCCUCCACAGAAGAACAGGAGUCCCAGGCGCAGUCCCAGGCGCAGUCCCAGACGCAGUCCCAGACGCAGUCCCAGACGCAGUCCCUUCUGCAGCAGACUGGACAGCCCCACUGCAGGCUCCAGCCAAAUGAGACCCACCUCUCUGCUCCCUGACAAGUCAGACCUCGCCUCCUCACAGUACACCAGCAGUACCAGCAUCUUCAACAACUAUGCUAUGGAGCUGUUAAUCUCCAGCUGUUCUCGCUGUAAGACGUGUGAUUGUCUGGUGUAUGAUGAGGAGAUCAUGGCUGGCUGGACAGCAGAUGACUCUAACUUAAACACCACCUGUCCUUUCUGUGGAAACCCCUUCCUGCCCUUCCUUAACGUGGAGAUCAGAGACAUGCGCGGACCUGGCAGGCUGUUCCUGAAGGGCAGUCCAUCAGUGGAUGAGGCAAUGACCUCAUCAUACUCAGCCUCAACAGGUCUGGACACAGGGACGUCUACAUUGUCCACACCCUGUCCAACAACCGCUGUGUCCCCGCCUUCUCCUACGAUUGCUGUCCAUGACUGCGUGGGAAGUGGAAGGACACACGGUAUCCACAUCCCCACAGAGCACCGGGGGAUCCUGUCUCCUGGAGCCACUCUGGCCCGCAGCAUCAGCGCCUCUGGUCCUCUGGAGGAACUGUUGCAACCCAACCACUGUGUUCCCACGUCAGGCAGCCUGCCCAGCCGCCUCAAUGAAACCUCAGAUCCACUUAACAUGGAGUGGAGGCUCCACAACCCUGAGCCAGUGACUAUUCCCUAUCUGAGCCCGUUGGUGCUGUGGAAGGAGCUGGAGAGUCUGCUGGAGAAUGAAGGUGAUGCAGUAAUAACUGAGGCUGACAUGGUGGACCACCAUCCCAUCAUCUACUGGAACCUGGUCUGGUACUUCAGACGGCUGGACCUGCCCAGCAACCUGCCCGGUCUGAUUCUCACCUCAGACCAUUGCAACAGAGAUUCCCAGGUUCCUCGUCACUGGAUGUCAGAGGACAGUAAACACGUAUUGAUCCAGAUCCUAUGGGACAACCUUAAAUUGCACCAGGAUCCCAUCCAGCCUCUCUACAUCCUCUGGAACACGUACAAUGUGGGUUACCCUGUGUCCCGGCUGGUCCCGGAGCAGGAGAAACCGUUCAGUGAAGAGUUGCUGCAGAGUGUGGUGAAGAGCAUCCAGAGGAACGACGUCAGUCGGCCGAUGACUCAGCUGCUCCAGCUGCUGGGUCAGACGCUGGGUGUCAAGAGGCAAAGGAGUUUGUACAGAGACGUCCUCUUUCUCUCGCUGGUGGCUCUCGGAAAAGAUAACAUCGAUAUUGACGCCUUUGACCGUGAGUACAAGUUGGCGUACGACCGACUGAUGCCGAGCCUCGUGAAGUUGACCCAUAACUGUGACCGUCCUCCCAGCGCGGGGGUCAUGGAGUGUCGCAGGAUGUUUGGAGAGCCUUAUCUUUAAACACCUUCACUCUCACCACCUACUACAUCAAUGCUUUAAGACGAGCUCAGGAAACCUGUUGGAAGACUGUGAAUGUGCACUCAUGUUGAGCGGAGACUCUGAAAUGAUUUUUAAAGGUACAUUUUACUGUGGUCACAGUUAUUUAACCCAAAAACUAAAGUAUGUCAGCUCAGUGAGGAAACUCCUGUGAAUGUUUAACAAAAGAAAAAGAAGGUUUUUAUAUUGUAUAUUAUAUUGUUAAGUACAUGAUGACUAGAAGCAACAUGUUGAAUUUCAAGUCUAUUUAUGCAGAGUCAGCUUUAUUUAUUCUCGUGUCAGGUGUAGUGUUUUAUUGAGGGCGUCGUCCAAACAGUGAUACAGUGGUGUUUUCCACCUUUAACAUUUCACACACAAAAUAAUGGAAUUACAAAUGAAUGAACUGUAUAAUUGACAGAUUACACAAUGAAAAUAGUCAUCAACAGUUGCAACCCUUCUUCAAUGAGUAAAUCCCAUUUUUGUGUUGCCUUUACAUUAGUCCACUGUCUGUACUGCUCAACCAGAACAACAGUCUGUCUGUGCCUUUGUUUUUCAUCAAUAACAUUUUAUUGAAACAGUGGAACAGAGCGCUGUACAUGAACAAAGCAAACAUAAGUAUUAAUGUUACAUAAUUGUCUAUGGUUUUACUUCAUGCUAUAGUAAUCACAGUUUUGUUACAAAUACACAGCAGCGCCACGCAGUGGCCGUGCGUGGUCACUGUCUGGGCUGAUUGGAAACAAUUACAGGUGAUUCAACACCGGUUACAGUUGGGUGCAAAAAUCUGCUUUACUGCUACUGUGAUUGUUAUUUAAUUGACUGUCUGUUACUGACAAGAAUGCUAAUGUUGCUACAACAAAGUGUGAAGAGACAGAAAUGAGGCUGUGUCUGUGUCAUUAUCUCAGCAGCACUUCAAGGUUUGUGUUUGCUGCCUGAGUCUUAAAUUGUAUGAACAUGACUUUAACUCUUCCUCAGAAUGUUAUCAGAGGUUCAAGUUCAACAUAAGUACAGAUACAUUCAGCUUAGAUUACUUCAUAUCCUUUACAAAAUCUUAGUGUUUUUUCAUUGUAAUGACACGAAUGUAAUGAUGUUAUUAUUCCUCAGUACAUUUUGAGGACAAAUGUAGAAGUUUUAGUCUCAAGUACUACUGAAUGAAUGACCACGUUUACUGUAAACUGUACGGAUUGAUACUGUAGUAGAAUUAAAGUAAUCACAAUUGGA